AUGGUUCUAAAAGCGAUCUUUUAUUGCAUCGUCAUUCUUUUCAGUAUAACAAUAGUUCACGUAAACGGUCAAUUAUGCCCAAAUACUACUCAGUAUGGUCGAUGUUCGAUGAAUAGUGCAUGUGGCUGUCUUCAUAUGGCAGGUGCCAACAAUGUUGGCAUUUGUGGUUUUCUCUACGGUUUUUGUUCUAAGCUAACUCCAUGUGAAUCGACAGAUAAUUUAUGUGAUGAACCUCAUCAUAUUUGUGUUCAUCAUCCUCGAUGCUCUUCACAUCCUGUUUGUUAUCCAGUGUCAAUGAUUGAUCAACAAGUGUGUCCACCAAUUAUAAUCAUAUGUGGAUUACAGUAUAUAUGA